GUUCGAACCGGUUAUUUUGUCAAGACUAAUGUCAGUGCUUGCUUUGCCAUUCCAAACGUAAAUCUAUAGAAUAUCUUAUCAAAAAAUCUUCCCCAAGCAUUGACAUUGACAAAUUUAACGCAGAAAUUUCAACCAGUUUUUUAUAUUUUAGUUUCGUGAACCUAAGCCUUAAUUAUUUUGUAAUCCAAUUCGAUCAAUAACCAUGACAAUGACAAUAGACGACACCUCUGACAGCUUCAUUUUCAAAUGCCCUGACCAUGUCAACAAUAUUUGGGCGAAACUCCAGACAUUCUAUGGCAACGGUGAUAGACAAUUUGACGAUAUUAUUUUGAUAACUGAAAACGACCAAACUCGCUUCCAUGCUCACAAGAUGAUUCUCUCAGCAUCCAGCUUGUUUUUCUUCUCUAUGCUCCAAAAAAACCGCAAGAGAAAAAACAACAAAGCUAGACAUGAAGAGAUCAGGCUGAAAGACAUCGAUGGAAUAGUCUUGGAAUCGAUACUUGGUUUUAUUUACACAGCUUCAAUAAAGCUUCAUAGUGCAACGGUUCUAAGAGUCUUGAAAGCAGCUCAACUUUUUCAAUUGGAAACGUUGAUAACAGCUUGUUGGGAAUUCUUAGGUGAUCAAUUGGAUGCGAGUAAUUGCUUGUCUGUCUUAUCGCUGGCCGAGGAACAGGGGCGCAUCAAAUUGCACAGGGAAGCUUCUAUGUUCGCUUAUACCCAUUUUGAAGAUGUCUGCAAUGAGGAUGAAUUCUUCAAGCUUGACAAAGACCAAUUGAGAAAAUUUAUAUUUGGAGCUGAAAUUUCUUCCGAAAAGGUUUUCGUAAGUCUAGUGUCUUGGAUCGAUUAUGAUCGUGAAAAACGCGAGCCCUAUCUUUUCGAGUUGUUGUCAAACAUUCGUUUUGAUUCUUUGGAUCCAAAGCUUAUCAUCGAAAGUAGGCACUUGGUCUGUAAAACAAUUGAGUGCUAUGAAUUAAUUUGCAGCUGGCUGCAAUGGCAUCUGUCUCCGGAAACUCGUCCCCAAGUACCACCAAUUCAGAAACACGAUAAACUAGCUUAUGUAGGAGAAGAUUUAGCUUUUCGAACAUUGGAACCAGAGUAUAAUUGGCCAAUUUGGGUUCUUAACCAAGACAUUCCAACGACUAUUUCGAACCAAUCUACUACACUCAACAAAUCGGUAAUAUCCAUUCGCGAUAAGCUGGUAGUAGUUGGAGGUGAGGCCUCAGGUGAAGCUUCUAGAAACGUCUUUUGCUUUGAUCUUCGGACAAAGGCUUUCAAUUCCUUACCUUCGAUGAGAAUGGCACGUAGUUCUCCCGGACUGGCUGAAGUAAAUGGAAAAUUAUACGUCAUUGGUGGUUGUAAAGACAGAAAAUGGUUGCAUUCAGUGGAAAUGUAUGAUUUUUCCACUGACUCUUGGCAAUUUCUUCCUCCACUUUCUUCACCAUUGACAACCAUCAAAGUAGCUGUUGUAAAUGGACUUAUAUACGCUGUUGGGAAUAAUUGCCAAACAAUGGAAUGUUUCAAUCCCAUCACUAACAAAUGGAAUCAAAAAUCAUUUGUUAUCGAAAAAUCAAGUGAUUUUGGUAUCGCUGGAGUCGAUGGCAGUUUGUAUGUUGUUGGAGGUUGCUACAAUGGGAACGAUAGCUUUACUGUUGAACGAUAUGACGCUCGUAAAAAUUGCUGGACAAUUGUGUCAGAAUGUGAAAUUAGAAGAUCGUCAGUUGAGUGUGUAGCUUUGAAUGGAAAAUUAAUUGUGUGUGAAGAUUCGAAUAGUAUUUGGAUAUUGUGUAAUUAUGUAAAAGAAUAUGAUCCAAAAACAAACAAAUGGAAGAGCUUAAACACUUUGCUUCAUAACGGACUUAAAAUCGGACUGAUAACUAUGUAAUGUAUUUUAUAGAU